GCGUCUUGAAAAGCCAAGGUUAACACAAGGCGACAAGGCAUGCUGCAGUCAGCUUCUGGACAUCAGAGGAACAGCAUGGGGAACAAGUUGCUGAUCAGCGCUUGCCUGGCGGCUUGGACCUUAUUACUAUGGAUCACAGAGGGACAAGCUAUGUACCCUAGCAGCGACCAUCAAGACAGGGAUCAGGGUAACGCUGAAGUAGCUCGCGACGACGACUAUCCCUACUACUCACCUCACUACGGAUCACCAAGCUACGAUGGCUACGGGUAUCAGCGGCCUCCUCAGUACCAGCAGCCGUACCGACAAUACAAACCUGUGGUCUGCAAAACCGUCUGCAAGCCUCUCAAGUUCAAGAAGAAGAAGAAGAAGCAGACCAAGAUCUACACAUACCCGACGGAGUACCCUUCGUAUCAGGCAACCUACAAACCGUACAGCACAUACGCCCCAACUCCGGCGUACACCACAUACCGCAAAGAACCUGCACACGAGAGCACAACCUAUCCAACAACUCCUUACUCCGAACCAAAGAAAGAUGUCAAAGUUGUCAUCAUCAAGGAGAAGAAAAAGAAAGGCUAAAACGCCGUAGAAUCAUCUUAAAUGCACUUUUGCAUCCCACUGUUGAGACAACAUACUACAACAUAUAAGUCAGAGGAAAAUAAAAGGUCAUUUGAAUCUA